AUGGAGGCCUCGCUGGGUGUUGCCGCUGCAAGCGGAAGCCUCUUGGGAUCAGGGUUGUCCUCAAGUCACGAGGACAUGGAGGACUUGAUCUCAAAGCUUAGGGAUGCAUUGAGGAGUCCCGGUGACUUCCAGCAGUUUGUCCAAGGGCUCGUACCACAGGGGGUUCCAUCAGACAUCUUAAAAUACAUCGAGGCUGCAGUGCGGGAUGUGCUUGGAGGCCAGGCUUACCUCAAGCUCGAAGGCUCAGCCAAGAAGCACACAAACAUCGCAGGCUCAGACCACGACUACCACAUCAGGAUGCCGGAUCCACGGUUGGAGCUUGUGACCCGCGACCAGAUGGAGCAGAUUCGUGGCAUCCUCAAUGCGAGUUCUCACUUGAUUGGGAGUUCCAAACUGGAGGCCGACAUGGGUCCCACAGCCCUCAAAGUUCGGUACCAGCAUGGCAACAUUUGCGGCUCGAUUGACAUCGUACCUUUCAAAAGUGACUAUUUCGAUGAGCGUGUGAUCGUGGAGCCGGCGGACCAGGAUUUCUUCAACAACAUCCGUCGGCAGAAUGCCGCCCGCACCUUGAAGUUUGUCGCUCACAAGUUAGAAUGGGGCCAAAAGAGCUAUGACCUGGAGCGAUAUGUCGUGGAGUGUGAUCGGCUUUUUCCCCAGACCGACCCUCACGGAUUGCAGCUCUUCAAGAAGGCGAUGCAAAAGUACGAGCACCUUUGGCCGCAUGAUUGGCCUCAGGAGUUGCUCCGGCGUGCCUUCGCUGUCCUGGCCCUUGCCAUGCUCGCCGGCGCCUCGCCGCUGCUCCGCCCUCUGAGCCCGACGCCGGCGCCAAUAUCACCGACGGAGCACUCAGCCGCCUGCUCGCCUUGCGUGCAGCUGGGUUCUCAGGGCAUCAACCUGCUGCUGAACUACCUUCUGAACGCGGGGGUCGUGACGAGCUGCUCCAAGCUUUGCAGCCACCUUCCCACCAAGGCGGAGCAGACGAUCUGCAGCAUCGGCUGUGACCUGGCCGGAAUCAAGGAGUUCGUGAACAUCCUGAACCACACCGACUUGGAUCCCAUCUACUUCUGCGAGGCGCAAACGCUCGGUGUGGGCGAGUUCCGCCUCGCAGUGCACGGGCCUGUCACUUCGCACAUCUCGGAUGGCUUUCUCUUGCCGGAGGGUCUCACAGAGGGCGCCAUCCAACUGGGAGCUGAGCUGAAGGUGAUGGAUGACACCUCCGGCGACGAGCCCGUGAUCUGGCGUCCAGGCACCUACACCUUUGACAUCCACCUCUGCCAGGGCGAGUGCGGCUCGAAGCAUCCGCACUCAAAGGACUUCGGCAUGGCCACCGGCAACUUCACUCUGAAGGAUGCACUCGUGGUGGUGUGA